ACAAGAUCUCAUCCAUCUUUUCUUGUCGUGCAUUGUGCCAUCGUGCAUUUGUAACAAUCAUGUCAUGGCUUCCUCGUAUAUUCAAAGCACCUAAACAGCCGAUAGAGCCUUUUGAUUUCACUCGCAAUCGGUAUCGUGCAAAGAAAAAAUGGCCUCCUGACUUCAGUAAGCUUUCUGAAAAGGAGCAAUUUCGGUUUGAAAAGAAAUGGCGACGAAGGAACAAACUUGCUUGGGCGCGGCCAAGAUGGAAUAAAGCUACAAAGCUGGUACAAUGGGGUUUGAUUAUCGGUUUCUCAACGUACAGCAUACUGUUCUAUGACUGGGAACGAAAGGAGGGCGAUCCGGAGCCAUUCGAACCAUUAAGGAGAUGGUAUAGGCAAACGGCGGAUUCAAUCUGGUCAUACAGCAAUAAAACCCUUACCGCGGAGGACGCCCAAAGAAUACGGGAGAAACGCCUGCCACCUACGCCUUGAAGGAAUCAAUGGCGACGUACCUGUGGGAAAGAGAAGGAAGGAGUAUAAAUACGAUGGAGAAGGCAUCAGAACGUUAUUUCGAGGACCCCAGCAUUGCAAUUCCGUGGUUUAAAAAUGCAAUCUCAUAGGGAAGUCCGAUCAUAUGACGACAGCAUGGAGCCCAAAACAAUAAGCAAGAAACGCUCUUCGUUUAUACGGUCAAUGCGCAAAGAGUCGAGGAGCCUAGGGAUGAUCAAGCCGCGAGCAGGCACAAAUGUCUACCUAUUUAUGCGAAGGACUUCAUUCCUCCCAAAUCGUGACAUUCUCGAGCUCGUAGGAGAUUUUUUGUUAUUUUGGAGAAUAUACUACCAAGGUGAACCAAGACGAAUAUCGGAGCGCGAAAUACAUUCUGUGGCACAGGGAACUCUAUUGCACUGUUGCACAUUUUAAUUGAGGUUCUGUCGUAUCAUACAGACGAUCUAUCCAAGGUGUGAGAAAAUUGUGCAUCGCAAUUACCACAAUGUCGGGAACAAGUGCGGUGUAUGAUACGAUGUAAAAACUCAAGGCAUUGGAGGAGCGACUGAAAGGACUGCUGUAACUGUCUUCAUUAUCAUGUAAAGGAUAACAAUCUCCACACUGUAACAAAUGUAUUAAGGUAUAUGCGUAACAUGGUACUCUUAGUUAGAUUUGCUAUCAGCAUUAAACAGUAUCGCACAAUUUAGCGUUUACAUGCUCC